AUGUCGUACAAUGUCUAUCGAGUUUCUAGUGCCGGCCUGCCCCGGGAUCAUCACGCCAUCUUUGUCGACAUGAACGACGAUCUGUCUGGAUGGUUGUUCCAGGUCACCGGCAACAUCCAGAACGGAAUGAAAUACGAUCACAAACCAUCCAAGAAACCCGAAGAGUCGGGCACCUACCAAAGCAAAAUAGCCAUUGGAACGGUCGCGACCGCGGAUUUUGCACGCAUCAAGCCAACCUGUGAAAGCAUCCCUGCGCCCAAGAAGCAGUUUGAAGGAGCGCGGAGGCUCUAUCCGAAAGAACCUCUUCGGCGCUGCCAGGAGUGGACCCAAGAGGCCAUAGAUGCUUUGGUUCAGGCGGGAAUUCUUAAGACCUCAACUUGA